UCUUUCUGCCACCGCCUCAUAACACACUCUCCUUCCUCUGGUCAGUGUUUCUCUCUUUCAGGUAUCACUUCUCUUUCCUCUGCACUCUGCUGCCUCCCCUCCAGGCAGCGCCCUUGAACCUCUCACUCCCCGCUCCAUAGACACCCCGUACCCAGCACCGGAUGGACCCCCUGCCUCUGCUCCUCUACCUGUGCGCAGUGCUGGCACCAAACCAUGGAUUCAGUGUGGAUGUGGAAGGACCCAUCACCUUCCAGGAGACAGCAGCGGGCUUUGGGCAGAGCGUGGUGCAGUUCGGGAGUGCCAGCACUGGGGGACUGAUCGUCAGGGCCCCGCAGCAGAUAGGAGGCGUGAAUGAAACUGGCAAAGUCUACAAGUGCGAACCGGGUUCCAGACGCUGCCAGGAGAUCCCCAUUCAGAGACCCCCCGAUGCCAUGAACAUGUCCCUCGGUUUGUCUCUGGCGGCCCGUGGCUCUGAGUUCCUGGUGUGCGGCCCCACGGUGCACCGGGCCUGUGGGGAGAAUAUGUACGUCAACGGCUACUGCUUCCGCCUGGACCAGAGCCUCCAGCAGCUCCAGCGCAUCCCGGACAAUCUGCCAGAGUGCCCCAGACGUGCCACAGACAUAGCGCUCCUCGUCGACAGCUCGGGCAGCAUCGCACCUGUGGACUUUGGAAAAAUGAAGACAUUUGUCGCUGAGAUCAUGAAGCGUUUCCCCAGCACCGACACGCAGUUCGCCCUCAUGCAGUACUCCAAUAAAUUUGAAUUGCACUUCGACUUCAUGGCGUACAGGAGAAGUCAUCACCCCGAUCACCUUGUCUGGAGGAUUGAGCAGCUUCAUGGAACGACAUACACGGCCACAGCCAUCCGGAAAGUCGUGCGGGAGCUGUUCACCUCUGGGAGAGGCGCUCGGGAUGAGGCCACCAAGGUUCUCAUUGUGAUCACAGAUGGGGAGAAAUACAAAGACCCGCUUUCUUAUUCAGACGCCGUCCCUGAGGCUGACAAAGCUGGAAUCAUCCGCUACGCCAUUGGGUGCAUCGAGGGGUCACUGUUUCCCAACAGGCUGCACUACUUUGGCCAGGCCGUCAGUGGCAGGACAGACCUGACGGGGGACGGACUGCCAGACAUUGCGGUGGGGGCACAAGGGCAGGUCCUGCUGCUGAGGUCCCGGCCAGUCCUCAGAGUCGGGGUCUCCAUCAGCUUCCAACCCCCCACGAUCCCAACCUCAGCUUUCGACUGCCAGGGGCAGGAGCAGCUCAACACGGAAGCCAGCAGGGCAGAGGUCUGCUUCACUGUCACUAAGAGCACCAGUGACAGCCUAGGUAACAGGAUCUCCAGCACCAUCCAGUACCGCCUGGCUCUGGACCCCGGGUGGACGAAGAUCCGAGCCGCCUUCGAGUCCACCAGCCCUGUCCUGAGCAGAGAACUGCGGCUCAGCAUCGAGACGAGAUGUGAGAUAUAUCAGAUAAUGUUUCCUCUCUGCCCAGAGGACACCCUGACCCCCAUCAACCUGCGUCUCAACUACACCCUGAUGGGGGAGCCCAUCUCUACCGCUAGCAACCUCAAACCCAUCUUGAGUGAGGACUCUGCGACAGUAUCUGCAGGCUUGCUCCCAUUUCAGAAGGACUGUGGCACAGAUGACCGCUGCGAUGACCAGUUAGAAAUCUACUUCAGUUUCUCUGGCUUGAGCACCCUGGUGGUGGGCGUCACCCCCGAACUCAACACUACCAUCUCCAUCCAGAAUCGCGGGGAGAAUUUCUACAGCACCAGUGUGCGAUUCUUCUUCCCGGCCGCGCUGUCCUACCGCCGGGUCCUGCUGCUCCAAGUACCCCAACGAACACCAGGCAUGAGGGGCAGGCUCUGCAGUGGGGAGCUGUGCUGCAGGGAGUGGACAGAGAGCUCAGCAGGGGGCUCUGUGCUACAGGGAGCAGUCUAACAGGAGGGCCGUAGC